AUGCACAUCUGGACGUUGAUACUUUUCGCUCCUAUCUUAGCGAGCGCCGCAAUUGAUCGACGAGCUAUCGUAGAGCGAUACAACGUCAUUAGAACCCAUGUUCCGGAGACAAUUACCAACGAGACAACUCCGCUCCAAGUGGGAAAUGGAGACUUCGCCUUCAAUGUCGAUAACACUGGUAUGCAGACACUCGUGCCCUUUAAUGUGCUGUCUAGCUGGGCCUGGCAUAAGGAUAGGCUCCCUGAAAACGGCGAGCGCCCUGAAGACUAUGCAGGUACCCCGGUCAUUACGCAUGGUAGAGAGAUCGUGUACGACCUACCUGAUCCCGACCACCCCGAAAUAUCCAACUGGCUCAGUGCCAACCCCAACCGUAUCAAUCUAGGACGGAUGAGUCUGAAAUAUAGAAAUGAAACUUUAUCGAUCAUCGACGAUCCAUAUCAGCAUCUUGACCUAUGGAGUGGGGUUAUCACAUCAACAUUUUCAAUUGAUGGCCAAGGAGUCAACGUUACUACCCAAGGAGACUUUGACUCGGAUUCUGUUGUUCUCAAGAUUGAGUCAGAUUUAGUCAGUAUAGGAGAAUUACAGGUUGAGUUUGAUUUCCCAUACCCGCCAAUUCACAGAGUCACGGGAACCUUUGACCAUGAAGUGUUCAUGGGCUCAUAUGAGUUUCCUCAAAACCACACCACCAGGUUAAUAAAUUGUCAAAGCGAGAAGGACGCUGCUCAUAUCCGACAUCAGUUAGAUGAGACCAGUUAUUUUUUGAACUUACGCUGGCCAGCAGAAGUUCCGCUUUCUCUUGUUCGAAACGAGCCCAAGGGAUCAGACAAAGUAUCUGCUCAUCGGUUCACCCUGUCACCAUCGGCCGGUGACAGCAAGGUCAUGAGCUUCACAGCUCAGUACAGUCCCAAAAUAAACACUCCCGCUCAGCCGAAUGAGAUCCGCCUGCGAAACACCCAGGGGUGGCAGCAAUACUGGCAAGAAGGCGGAUUUGUCGAUCUCACAAAAUCGAGCAACCCCAAUGCAACUGAGCUCCAGCGUCGCAUCAUUCUAUCUCAGUAUGCCAUGAGGGUAAACAGUGCUGCCACCGGGCAGCCUCCCCAGGAGAGUGGGCUGGUGUUCAAUGGCUGGUGGGGAAAAUUUCACCUGGAAAUGGUCGUCUGGCAUUGCGCGCAUUGGGUAACUUGGGGGCGACAAAAGUAUUUCGACAAGAUCUUCCCUGCAGUUUACGAGAGCUUGCUGCCCAGCUCUGAGGACAGAGCUAAGCGAAUGGGCUGGGCUGGCGCCAGGUGGCCGAAAAUGACUGAGCUUGUUGAGAUGGGUAUAGGACCGGGUGAGACCCGGGCUUUUCUUCAAUGGCAACAACCGCACCCGGUAUAUCUAGCCCAUCUCGCUUACAGAGCCGACCCAUCCGAGACUACGCUGAAGAAAUGGGAUCGUGUCUUGACGGCAACAGCUGAUUACAUGGCUUCGUUUGCAUGGUUCAAUAAUGCAACGGGGAAAUAUGACAUCGGGCCACCGAUCCAGGGGGUGACAGAAAACUCUGCUCCAACCGAAAUAUCAAAUUUGGCCUACGAGCUUGCGUAUUGGCGGUGGGCGUUGGAUGCGGCAUGCGAGUGGACUCAGAAACUAGGGAGAGAUUGCCCUGAUCAGUGGACCACCGUGGCUGAGAAUCUAUCACCUCCGCCUCAGUUCGACGGCCUAUACGCUCCCUGGGUUGGUAAUGGCUUGAAUUCGUCGUGGUGGAACGAUCCGGCUUUGAACAAGGAUCCUCGCAGUGUGAUUAUGCUUCAGGGCAUCCUCCCAGAUACUCCUGUGGUCGACUCGGAAGUCGGGCGAAAAACAGCCGACAAAGUGUGGGAUAUAUGGGCAGAUGCUGCCAUUCGAGGCUGGGGGCGUAAUAUUUUAGCAAUCAACUCGGCACGGAUAGGUAACCCAGAACGGGCUAUCUAUCAUCUCACUAAUUUCGAUUACUGGAAAUUUGGUGACGAAGGCUUCGCACAUCGCUCCGGACCGAAUCCUUCCCCGCCACCUUAUUUUCCUGGGAAUGGAGGUUUUCUUCUGGCCAUAGGCUACAUGGCAGCUGGUUGGACUGGGUCAGAAGGACAUGCACCCGGGUUUCCGAAAAAUGGAUCAUGGGUUGUCGAGCAUGAAGGAAUGUUUCCAUCGUUAUAG